CCCUGCUACAGCGCUUGGGGCCGCCCGCCCUGGCAGGCGGCAUGGACUCCUGGCUCGGGAGCAGCGCGGGCCCCGACCCCCUCCUGGUCCUGCUGGUCGUCAUCUUGCUGGCGCGGUUCCUCCUGUGGUCUUGCCUGGGGACCUACGUGGAUUACAGGCUGGCCCGGCGCCAGCCCCGCAAACCCAAGGAGGACUAGGGCCCCAGCGUGCCACCCCCAGGGCAGGGCGGGCCCACACGCCCCCAUCCAGGCUGGCCAGGGCUG